GGCACAUUAGAAAGAUCUAAUAAGCCUCUUAAUUGCCCGCGUAUAUAUUAGAAUAACAAAACUUGAUUAACAUUCGAACCCUACCACCAUAAGAUUGCGACUCCUUCUGAAGGUCACGCGGUACCAACACCGGCGACCGUACCAGUAAUCACCAUAUUUAAUAAUCUAUCCAUUCAAGCAAGACCCAGCCGUAUAUAUUUUAAAUCUUUUAAUAUUGCACUUCACUUGUCAUCAGUUCAAUGUCCAUCCUUUGCUGAAAUGGUCCCUGUGGUGCUCUCGAUCCUUUGGCUCUUCAUCGCUGCCAGCCGCGGGGAGAUCUUCGAACCUGCCAAAGAGGCACACGUUGAGUUAGAGAAGAAAGCGUACUUCCCCGCCUAUCCUCCCUACGAAGAAGUGGUACCGCAAGAACAAGUGAUCGCCGUUACGCCAGAAACUGUGUACAGGUACACCAAGGAGGAGGUUCCAGUGGUUAUCAAGGCACCUGGACUUGAAAAUGGAGGUGAACAGAUCGCGCAUAACAAUGGGUAUAGUGGAGUGUUUAUUCCUGAGCAGACCUACAAACCUCAACACCAAGUGACUACCCACAGGCCAGAGCAGGUAACUGUUCUCCAUCACGUGACUACGCAUAGGCCGGAGUACCAUCACGAACCAUCACGUAGACCAGAACAGCACCAUGGGCCGACACAUAUACCAGAGCACCACCAUGAGCCAUCACGUAGACCAGAACAGCUCCACGAGCCAACACAUAGACCAGAGCACCACCACGAACCAUCUCAUAGACCAGAAUAUCACCACGAACCAUCCCACAGGCCCGAAUAUCACCACGAACCAUCCCACAGACCCGAAUAUCAUCACGAACCUUCCCAUAGGCCCGAGUAUGAGCAGAUUCCUGAGCACAAGGUUUACCAUCACGCCCAGCAUCAACCAGAACCCAUUGAGUACCAUCACAAACAUCGUGAGUCUUUGCAACACCAUAAACAGUAUGACGAAAGCCACGAACACAAGGAUCACGAGUACAGAGAACCUCUGGACAAGUACCCGCCCAAGUACUUCUACAAGAAAGACUUCAAAGAGAAACUUAAGGAAGCCGUGAAGGAGAAAAUCCUUGAAUUGCUGAAGAAGAAAGUGGAAUAUAAGAAAGAGAAGUUAUUGCAUAAGAUCUUCCAUGAAGAUGAUCAUGAUCACCAUGAUCACCAUGAUCAUCACCAUCACUACGACAAGGGAGAUGAGUUCAAAAAGUGGGUGAAGGCGUUAGCUGUGAAGGUGAUAUUUGGUGCCAAAGAGAAAGGGAUUGAUUGGUUGAUAUACAUGAAUCAUCUGUUCCAUACGCCCAUCCAUGACAUAUAGGCUGUUUUGUGUUGUUUUGUUUUGUUGUGUUUUUUUAUCUAUCUGUGUUGAAGUCAAGAUCAUAGCCAUAUUUGUUUUCGAUACAUGAGUGUAUUAAAAUUGCUUUGUGUAUUUAUUUUCGUGUUUGGGCAGCAUGGCUAGUCUGAAGACCCUUGGAGAAUCCGGAGAGGCAGAAGAAGCUUUCAAGAAAGACCAGAAAGCCCUCAAAGGCAUUUUGUUCAAAAAGGGACUCGAUAAGAAAUCUUCGGAGCUGGGAAUGGAGAAGGCUGCAGAGAAAAAGGGAGCAGCUGUAGCAAAAGAAGCCAAGGGCGAAUCUGGAGAGUACAGUUCAGGCGGACAGAAGAAACAGCUAGUUAGUGAUGCCCUUAGUUACCAGGGGAAGCAGAUUGAAGGCAAAGAAGGUGCCAAGAAAGGAGAAGCCAAGGCGAAAAAGGGGCACAAGAAAAACCACGUGAUCCGCGGCUUCAAGACCACCAAACAAAUCGACGAAAACACAAAAACCGAAGAGAUUUUCGACGACGAACUCGAUGAAGGCCUGGUGAAAGCCUUCAAGGGAGAAAAGAACGACUUUGCCAAGGCAGCCAAAUCAGGUGAGAAGGGUGAGAAGCACGAGGUGAAGGCUGGAGCUGCACAAGAGAAGAAGGAAGGACAUGUUGAAAAGGGAAUCAAGGCAGCGAAGGAAGAGGCAUUUGAAAAAACAGAAAAGGCUGACAAGAAGGGAGGCAAGCAAGGGUCGUUUGAAGCUAAGGAAGUGAAGAAAGAGGCGGCUGAAGCUGGACAUGAAGCUGAGAAGAAGGCAUCCAAGAUGAAGCAUUUGUAGUUAUUUUGUUGUAGACCCAGAUUUUUAAUUUACUCUGAGAUGAUAGUUGUGACACCUAGAUAUGUGGAGCGAGACCGGAGUUGGAUAUUUUCUCAAAGCAUUAGCAUUGUGAGAGC